AUGUUACUAUUAUCAUUAUUAUUAUUAUUCUUACAUAUUUUUUUCAGAAUUCUUACCGCAAAGCACCAUGGCAGAGAAUGAUCGAGAAACGUUUGACCAGGAUCUAGUGUGCACUUCAUGUAAUGAUAAUUCAGAAGUUUUGUCAUUCUGCAGUGAUUGCGAUGUUUACAUGUGCGAACGAUGUCACAGUGGACAUAAGCAAAUGCGAUUCCUCUUCGCCAAACAUCAUGUUACUUCAAUAAAUGACUUGAAUACAGUUUCUCAUCACCGUGGUGAUAGGUACGCAUGCGCAGUACAUCAACAUAAUAAAGAUCUCUUCUGUGAAACCUGCACAAUCCACGUUUGUCCAAAAUGUGUCGUCAUCAAUCAUCGUGGUCACCAGCUGAUACAAAACCAGGAAGAUUUCGAGAAGGAUAUUGGGCAGAAGAUAGAUGAUAUUAAUCUUAAAUGCAACCAAGAGAAGGAUCACCUCAAGAAGAACAUUCAACACAUAGAGCAGGUUCGACAAGACGUGCACGAAAUCAUUAAAGACCUUGAAGAUGUCAUUACGAAAGAACAUGAACAAAAGAUUGGAUAUCUGGUAGAGAAUCAAGCAACUCUUGUAGAAAAUGUGAGAUCACUAGAGAUAGGGUUCGACGAGGAGCUUGACAAGUUGAAAGCCACUCAAGGAAAGAGGGUUAAGAUGAUGAGUAGUUGGUUGUCGUCAGUGAUGAUUGGUAGAUUAAAUAAUCUCGUAUGGCGUAUGGUGUAUGGCGAUCUCGAAAAGCUUUUGAUAGAAACUAAUGAUACAACCAGAGUAGAUCGUAUGAAGCAAGCAGCUAAGAGCAUACAGUUUUGCUCUGCGGAUGAGAGGCUUCUUGACCAUGGUCAUCUCCAAGCAGGAAUGCACAUUGUGAGAGAAUUCAAAGUACCAGCUGAUAUUUGGGGAAUGGCAGCACUCUCCUUAGAUACCGUGGUGGCAGUUUCAGGAGGAAAAGGAAAGGGAAGUUAUAGCUUCUCUUUAUCAGGUCAAGAGCAAUCGCAUCUAGCUAGCAGCAAAGGUAGUGUGCAUGAUCUAACAUUUUUAACUGAUGGUAAACCAGUAGUAUCUCGUAGCUGUUCGACAUGUUGUGUUUGCCCAAACGAUGAUACGUGCUUUGAAUAUACAUGUAAGCAAGGAGAGUGGGAUCUGAGGCUAUGUAGUGAUCAGAGUGAUAACGUAUACGCUGUGAAUAAGAAUCCCGAAAUAUACAUCUUCCAAGGUAGCAACUCUAACCCACAGAGAGUCAUCCCUAUUGGUAACAAACCAAUACAGAUCAGUGUCACCAAGACAGGAGUAAUGAUCCCAAGUACUGGCUCCCAAACACCUAGUACAGUUCAUGUGUAUGACAUAGAAGGUCACCUAGGCAGUACUCUCACAGCGGUGGAUGAUAGUGAAUACCUGUAUACUGCAGUGGAUAGCUAUGAUAGAGUAUUAGUGGCUAGAGUGAAUCGUGGAUCACACAUGCUGAGAUUGAUCAGAUACAGACUCAAAGGAUUACAACUCAUGCAGCAAAUUACAUUCAGGGACCUCAAACUUCCUCAUAGAAUUGACCAACCACCCUAUUUCUGUUACAUGGUACUUGUAACACCACUAAUGCUGGCCUUCGCUUCUCUUGGCAAGCGUCUAUACUUCAUUGAACUUGACGCUUAAUUUCCUAUAGUAUCAUUUCUUAAUGUAGUAGUAUAGAAAUUUCCUUUUUGAUUGUUAAACCAAGGUAUUUAGAGGUACCAUUUGUGAAAGUUUGUAAUCAGAGACAACAUUACUGAAAAGGUCUUGUUGGGGCUAGUGUUCAUCCGCUGAGUUCAUGUAGUUCCCCCAAUAUUAAUUCUUUGUUUACUUUUUUAAAUGAUGAAUCAGACACCCGAAUGUGUAUUAUUGAUAUGUUGGAAAAUACUUUGUACUUUCAGGUAAAUUGUAUGUACAUUUUAGUUAGUAGGAUAAAAAGUGGAUAAAUAUGUAAGGCCUUAGUUGUGCUGAAGAUAUCAGUAUUAAAGAGGAUGGUCAGAAAAUCCCGAUUGUAGGAGGGAAUUGCAGUGAAUUUAUUGUAUUUUCAAGGUAUGUGAAUUUUUAAUCACAUGUGAUUGAGUAUCAGCUUUGAAAUUAAGAAGUUACUAUAGCCAUAAUAGUGUAUUAUAAGUUACGAAAAUCGAAAGUUUGCUGCACUAUGAGUGGCUAACAGAUAAUUGUUUGUUCGUGCAGCGCACACUUGUUGCACACUUGCUGCACGCAACCAAUGGAUUUUGCUCAAUGAGUGAGAGUUCGCUCACGUGUAUAGAAAAUUGUAAUCUUUAAAUAGACACUUUGAGUUAUGUUUAAUGAGAUGUAAUAUGGUAUGAGAAUAUUUAAAGGAAUUCUGUCAUAAUAUGAGAGGUAUCUAAUUCUUUUUAAGCAUCAAAACAAUCUGCAUACAGACAAUACCAUAGUGUGGAGAUGGCCUUGAUUCGUUUCCAAAAUGAUCUUGUGCAGGCUCUUGAUAAUGGCGAUGAAGCAAUACUUCUGAUGCUUGAUCUAACAUCUGCAUUUGACAUGGUGAGCUAUCGAAUAAGACUGAGAGAUAGGUGUUGUUGCCUA